UUAUUGCGUCUGAAUGAUAUAACUGGAGUUGAAAGGUGAAAUUAUGCUAUGGUGAUUCACGUGACUCCGCCUGUGUUUACGUAGUGGGUGCGGUGAAAGGCAUCGGCGCUGCAACGGGCCAAGUAACGUUAGUUUCACUGCAACUGUCCGACGGAUAGCUCGGUUUUGUUAUCGCCUACAUUCUUUAACUAUGAGUAUGUUGGUCGAAUCCGUUGUGUGUCUGAGUAGCAGUCUGCCAGAAAGUGAUCAACACCAGCACCCGGUGCCUCGGAGGAUGUCGUCCCCCGGUCUGACGUCGGCAGCUCAGCUGCGGUACAUCCUGCAGUGGUUCGGAGAGUUCAGUGAGCUGCAGCGGGAGGACUUCCUGCCGAUCCUGGCGGCGGCGUCCCGGGACAACGCCGACCAGCUGGCCGCCAUCCUGGCCAGGCUCAGCUGCAAUGACAAACCCAGCUUGUUCCAGUGUCGGAUCAAGCUGUUCAACGAAUGGUACCCGACCUGGUCUGAGGAGGAGCAGCACCGACUCAUCAAGGGAGUGGCCGAGAUCGACGCCGACUUCGGACAGAAACUCGAAGAGCUCACACUGAACGGACCCCAGCUGAACGGAGACAGCAAUGGCAUACACUCCCCGGACAUUCCUCAAGAAGAAGUAGUUGACAACAAUGAGAGUCCUGAUGCUGAAGAAAAGGCGGAGGAAAACAUAGUGCCAGAAAGUAACAUUCCGGUUGAGAUUGCAGCAGCAUCUUAAUUCCAGGUAUUUUGAGAGUCACAAUUUUUUUUCAAGAUGUAUUUUUUUGUAGUUAGAAAGUCUGUUAAAGCCCCACUAUAGUUUAAGAGAUUGAUAGCGGGUAAACAUUUGAGGAAGUGAGGAUGAAUAAUUGCCUAAUGACAAUUGGAUUAAAAAUAAACUAGUAUACUUGAAAAACAAUUUAAUGACCAUCUUUGUAAAAAGAUGCGUCGUGUCGUGUGAAGCCGGUCUGAAACUCGUUUGUAACCACAUCCUAACGCUUGUGUUACAAUAUAACAAAAAACUCGGAUCAACCGCAAAUAAAAUACCUCUAUCACAAAGUUUAAAACAAUGAAAUCACGGGGAUUUUUAAAACUCAAAUAUUACCUACAUCUUUGAUAAACUUGCCAAGUAUUUUACUACUAAAUAUUAAAAAAAACUAAUGUAUAUUCCAAAUUACUGGUGAUUAUUUAACAUUCCAUGAGAGUUUUUUUUUCUAUACACUAUAUUGUAUAAUAGUUUUACUUUUAUAUUUACGUAUUAGAUAACUUUACUGGUAAGUAUGCCAUUGAAUCUCGUACAAAACAAGCUUUUAUUUAUUGCGCCCUUAUACAUAAAUAAUUAUUGUCAAAUUAAUAUAAUAGAUUAAGUAUUAUAUAAAUACAGUGGAUAGUGGAGCAUAAUGGUCGUCCAUGUUAUAUUUCAAAUGUGAACGAUGAAAUUCAUAAAAUACAAAACCAUUGUAAUCGGAAACUAAGUCAUACCGAGUAUACCUUCAUAAAUACAUAUCGCUCGGGUAUGGCUUGAAAUAUUCAACUAAUUUGAAUUGCGUGCCAAGGUUCCAACAGUAUUUUAUACACAUUUGUGUGGGCAGAAAGUUUAUGUUGCUAGUUUUAAGUAAAAUUAUAUUAUACACUAUAUACUAGCUGUAUACUAGCUAUAAACUGUAUACAGUUUACAUAUAUAAUUCGUAAUUAAUACGUAUUGCAAGUCUCAAAGGAUUGUAUAAUGGUCCAUGGUAUGGAUUGAUUGCGCAGCCAUAAUGUGAAUGAUGAAUAGAGUAAAUUACCUAAAGAAGAUCAAUCAUAAAAGAAAGUAAGAUAAGUAUUGCUUUUAAAAGAACGAAGUAAGAAGGGAAAGAAAGAAAAGAAACACAUUUAUUUUAGUACAAAAAGAAGAAUAUUGUAGAAAAGAUUCCUAAGGAUUUGAUAGAGUGAUAUGAAGUGCUGAAAUGAUAAGUGGUCAUGAGGAAGUAAUAUUAGUAUAACCUAUGUAAAACUAUACAUAUAAGAAAUAUUUAAAAUAAAUCUUUAUUGAUUAUGCCAUA